AUUCUGGGUGGGAAUACAGUGAAAAGGCAAUGCAAAUUUUGGCACAAUAUAAGCAAAAAUUCCCGGAAUUUAUUCAAGCUCUUGAAGACAAGCAUAAAGAUGAAAUUUAUUCUGCUGAAGAUUUUUAUCCUGAAGAAGACGCUGUUUCCAAAGUUCAUGCCAUCAAAGAAUGGUUAAAAACUGUUGAAGUAAGAGACUUUGAGAAGGUAUCACUGGAUGCCGAACAAUUGGACAAGGAAGCAAUAGUAAAAAUAGAAAAAGAAGCGACUGAAUUUACUAAAAAACAAUCUUUCAAAAAACUUGUUAUUCAAAAAGUCCCAAGAGAUGUAUUACUGAAACCAGAACAUUCCUCAACACGUUUACAAGGCCAAAAAUUUAGCCUCGGUGAUCGUGUUAUACUUGUCCAGGAUUCUGGUAACGUCCCGAUUGCAGCUAAAGGUACAGUGGUCGGCAUUGAAAGAAACAAUAUUGACGUGGUUUUUGACACUUCGUUUAUGAGUGGUUCAACGUUGGGCGAUAGGUGUUCCCAGUACCGUGGAAUGACAGUACCUGGAUCUGCACUUCUUAACUUAACACAAAUGCAAUUCAUUGAUUACAGACAAACAAAUCACGGUAAUGGGAUUAUCGGAUCAAGAGUAACAAUAAAUUCUGCUUCAAACCAACUGCGGUCGUCUUUAAGACAGAAUGGCCAUUCUAACCAUCAUAACUCAUAUUAUGGUCAUUCUAAUCACCAUAACUCGUACUAUGGUCAUUCAAAUCACCAUAACACAUACUAUGGUUGGCGUGUUGGGAAUAGUAGAAAUAAUAAUGUGUAUUUAAAUUAG